CAACCCCCAUAAUGCCGCGCUGCUGCCAUUAGUCUCACCAAAGCCUUGGGAGGCUACGGGAGGCUGCCGUGCACAGUGUCAGUUCCUUGCGGGAUCCGGCGGCCGGGCCACUCCUUGUUGUGCUUUGUGUCGGUGUCGCCCAGGGCCCGCUACCUGAUGACAUGAUUCAAGGGGAUGGGCCUGCAGACAUGACCACUGAGGAGUCAGACAUACGUGAUGCCGGCCAAGACACUUUUGUUGGAUCCUUUGAGAAGCCAGAGUCUAUGGCUACAACAGAAGCAAGGCUGAGGAUGGAAGGAGUGGAGCUUAAGGAGGAGUGGCAGGACGAAGACUUUCCAAGACCACUACCCGAAGAUGACCACAUUGAGGGGGAUUUCUUAUCUGGAACUGACGGAGAGGGCAGGCCAGUUCCUAGUCCAGUUGAAACAAAUGGUAGUAAAAAGGCAAAGCGGAAACUAAUGGCUCCCAAUCUAAGUUUAACACUGGAUCGCAGUGAUGGUUCCCUCCUCUCUGAAGACUUAGAUGAAAGUGGAGACUUGGAUUUAGAUGACCUAGAUACUCCAUCUGAGAACAGCAAUGAAUUUGAAUGGGAAGAUGACCUCCCAAAACCAAAAACUACUGAAGUACUUCCCAAAGGAUCAAUCCCAGAGUACACCGCUGCUGAGGAAAAGGAAGAGAGCAGACGCUGGCGCAUGUUCCGGAUCGGGGAGCAAGAUCAUAGGGUUGACAUGUCUGCUAUAGAGCCGUAUAAGAAAGUUAUCAGCCAUGGAGGCUACUACGGAGAUGGCCUUAAUGCGAUUAUUGUUUUUGCUGUGUGUUUUAUGCCAGACAGCAGUCAGCCCAAUUAUCGGUAUCUAAUGGACAAUCUCUUUAAGUACGUUAUUGGCACUUUGGAAAUGCUAGUUGCAGAGAAUUACAUGAUAGUCUAUUUAAAUGGAGCCACAACACGGAGAAAAAUGCCAAGUCUGGGUUGGCUCAGGAAAUGCUAUCAACAAAUAGAUAGAAGGUUACGGAAAAAUCUGAAGUCCCUAAUAAUAGUUCAUCCUUCAUGGUUCAUAAGAACACUUCUGGCUAUUACAAAACCUUUCAUUAGCUCAAAAUUCAGCCAGAAAAUUAGGUAUGUCUUUAGCCUGGUAGAAUUAGCAGAACUUAUUCCGAUGGAGUAUGUCAGCAUACCGGAAUGCAUAAAAGAGUAUGACGAAGGAAAAUGUAAAAAGAAACACAAAAGAGUUGAUAAGGAACUUAACAAGAAGACUGAAGACAAACCCAGUGAGCAAUAAGAUGUGGAUGCCGUCCGACAAAACUGAGCAACGUCCGUGGAGAAGGGGGAAUAGUCUUUUUUGUUUCUUCCAUUUACAAUAUAUUGUCCUAGUUUUCCUGCACUGAGUUGCCUUUUGAGAUGUGACUGUGGAUGAACAUAUGGAGCUGGCUUCCCUGGAGCAGCAAAUUGUUACAAAAAAAUACAAGCAUUGGACAAGUGCAAUAGACGUUUCACCCAGUGCUGGUGCCCUGUAUGUUAAACGUUUCUGUAACUUUUAUUUGGAAUACAAAUUACUGUCAAAAGCAGGUAUACCCACAUCACUUUAUACAGGAGGAACUGAUCAUCUGAAUGACACGUUUGAUUGGUAAUAGCUGAACAAGUGUUCUCAAACAUUAGAGAGUGAUUUAUUUUUACCUUGGUUUUCGAUCAGUGCAUAAGUGUCAAACGUUGGUAUUGGUAAGGAACUUGCUUGAGUUGUUUGCAAUGUUAUUUGAUAAUUACUUAGAGUGUGUCUAGAAGCACUAUCAAGUUGUAGCAGUAUGUUCAGUGGGUUAGUGUAGGUGAUAGUUCAGUCUUUUCCUUCAACAGAAAUCCUGAUACUUGUGAUGAGCAAAGCAUGUAUUUGGGGCACAAAUAUUUUUAAUGGGUCUUGCGUAUAAAGUGGGUGGGAAUUGAAAAUGUACAUUAUUAUACUUUACUAAAAAAUCCAUAGUAAUGUUGGAGUAGGACAUUUGUGCUUAUAACCAAAAUAGUUACUGAUUUUAAAGCAUUUCAGAAGUCUGUUUUAAUUUAAAAUAUUUUUUCCCUUGAAGUUUGAUUUUGGGAUAUUGUUACUGUAAAGCAAGAUAUGCUGCCGCUUUAUAAUAUCAUGGUUGCUCAUUUUAUUCAUGAGUCAUGGUUUGGUUGGUGCUUACAAUCAUUGUAUGUUGCCAAAGAGCACCAUCACCCCAUGUAUAUAUGACCUUUCUUUUGUAGCUUAUUAGAGUAUUAUAAAUCCAUAUAUAAACAUUUGCUUAGGUGCACACAGGUGGCUACAAUUCUUUUGUCUUCUGCUCUGUUAACCUGGUAUUCAGCAGAUCAGGAAGAAGCUGAAAAUAGUAAUCCCAUUUUGUUGUGCAUGUUGAGGUUACAUUCACAUGGACUUCACAAGGAUCACAGGGUGAAGCUAUAAAGGGUCUAAAACCGAUUUGUAUAUAAACUGUCGUCUGUAUAGUGUUCAGUUUCUGUGCCACUUUCCCUUAUGCAUCUACCCUUAUCCUGGCAACAAAACACUGGUUACUUAAAAAAUCCAUUUGGUUCAAAGCAAUAGGGUAUUUUAACACACGACAUGAUUUUAUUUAUUCUCAAAUCAUGAUCUCACAAAGAUUUUUUUAAAUAGUGACAUAAUUACACUUGGGAUGUAAGUAUUACAUGAAUUCACAUCAAUUUUUACAGUAUUGUCUAAAGUAGAUUAUCACAAUAAUAAUUGUGUCUAUUUAUUGAAACUGUAAUAUGCUUUUAAUAAGCUGUUUUCCCAGACCUCCCUAUAUCUACAAUAUGUUUCCACAAAUCAUUGAUUGAAAUAUCUAGCUUUCAUUUUAUUGCCACUUCAUCUUGAUCUCUGCUUUUUCCCAUCCCCAGCUUUAACCUUGAUGAGCUUUUAUUUGCAGCACAUAUUACUUCCCAGGUUCACAAGUGCAUAUAUACAGUAUGCACACACACACACCUUUGCAAGCUAAUAAACCCCCAGGACUCUGACAGGAGAAAGUGUGGCUCCUUGCAUCACCACUGUUAUGCAAGGUGGUGGUGCAGAUUUGCAUCGAUAAAGUAUGGGUUUACAAAUUGAAUGUCUUCACCCUCAAAUUACAUGUCAGCAGUAUCCACAUUAGUCAUAACUUGCACUUAUCUGAAGUUAUUUGACAUUGUGCAUAGUGAAUUUGUAUCUGCAUCAGAAGUCAGCAAUGUUACAUGUGUUAUGGAGUAGUACGUACACUAGUUACUCUGGUGGCCCUAACUAGGCAUGCUUUCUCUGUUUGUUAGCCAAAAACAAAGUUGACAGUCACUUAUUUCUGCAUAUUGACUGAGGAAUAAUUACAUUUCCUUGUGGAACUUUGGCUUUCUAGUAAUUAACAGUUUACAGUGUAGCUGCACAACAGAACAAAAAUGGUUAGAAUGUCACGUACAUCUCUUGUUGUAUUAGACCUUUUCAUUGCAAAAAUGUAUUUUUUUUUUCUAUAGAAAAAACAAAUUGCAUUAGAAGGUGCUAGACUUUGUGAUGGAGGUUCUCACAUGUAGAUUGUAUCCCAACAACAAUGUGCAAUAAGUUAAGAAAGUUACUAUAAAUUUCCCCAGAUACAGCUAGAGACAGCCAUCACCUUUUUACUAUAGUCUGAAUGACACACUUCAGCUUUUGUUGACAUUAAAAAAAUGACACAUACCCAUCCUUUAUUCCAGAAAAAUAACUUGAUAUGUCUAUACAGUAACGCAUUUUACAGUUAAUAAUACAGGUUUGUAGACCUUCAAUUUGGUUUUGUUCUUGAGGAAUAAGGUCAGUCACUCAAUGCAUGGUGCUUGUUCAUUUUAAUUUUUGGAGCUUCUGGCUUUGCAAAGCCUAAUAAGUAGCACCAAAUCUAGCCAUAAGAAACUUUAGUAUAUAGCAGUCUUUUCCAGGGGAAUGAUUGGUUGGGAGGGAAAUGAUCCCUUGUAGCCUGGAUCCCAAAAGUUGUGUAAUGUUAAUGGCAUGAAACGAUUAAAAGUACCCAUUAGUCACUCUCUGAAUGUUACAAGGCUGUCAGAUGUAUGGGAAGCAGAUGCUGUCUGUUUACGUGUUUACCAUAAUACCUACCUUUUAAUAUUUGUAUUAGAAUUGUUUUAUAUUUGUUUUGUUUUAUGUAUAUAGAACGCACUCUUGCAAUUUUUAUCUGGAGGAUGCAUGUUCUUUAUUGAAAUAUUUAUAUUCAUAAAAAAAAGGACAGAGCUAAUAUAUAUUUUUAUGGAUUUUUGUGAACAAUCUUUUUUAAUGUGCUCCUUGUGCCCUCUGCAAGCAAGUGCUCAGACCGUCACUGACUGUUGUAAAGAAGGUAUUAUAUAGCCGUGUUGUACAUGUGGGGUAUGGGCAAACAAUUUUGCUGUUCAAACAAAUGUGUUAAAUGCAUAUUGUCAUAUUGCUCAUUUAAUAUCCCUUUAUACUGAGCAGGUAAAAGAAAAUUAUAAUGUUGCGCAAAGAUUGGUUAUUUUUGUUGUAUAAAUAAAUAUAAUAAAACCCUGACAGGA